AUGGAUUUUAAUGGACAGUUUUAUGAUACACCAAUCAUCCUAGGGAGACCAUUUUUGCAUACAGCAAAGAUGAAUAUUGAUUUUCCCACAGGUAUUGCGAAAAUUUCAGGUGGAGAUCAAUCAGUAGAAAUUAAAAUUUUUGAGGUAUCAAAUGAUCUUAAGAAAUCCCAAGUAUAUGAUUGUCAUACCAUAGAUCUUCUAGAUGAUCUUGAUGAUCCAGACGUUAUUGAUGACUGUGUUCUGGAAGAAUUAGAGGAAAUAGAGAAUAUAAAUUUAGAAGAAAAGAAAGAGGAAGAUCAUCUGAAUUUAGAGUUGAAACCUCUCCCCUCUAGUUUAAAAUAUAUGUUUUUGGAGGAAAAUAAUUCAUUUCCUGUUAUUAUUGCAGCUGAUUUGAGUAAUGAACAAGAAGAAGAAUUAUUAGAUGUACUUCGAAAAAAUAAGAAGGCUAUGGGCUGGAAAAUGGACGAUCUAAGGGGCAUUGAUAUGAGAGUAUGCAUGCAUAGUAUAUAUCUAGAGGAGGGGGCUAGAACUAGUAGGAAACCACAACGAAGAUUAAAUCCUAACAUGAUGGAAAUUGUAAAAAAAGAAAUUUUAAAGUGGCUGGCUGCUGAUAUUAUUUACCCUAUUUCAGAUAGCAAAUGGGUUAGUCCUACACAAGUAG